GUUUUUUCUUAAAGCAAAAUUUAAUAUAUGGCUCGUGCUACAAAUCUUCAAUUCCUUCGUCUCCCUCGUAAUCGUCGUUCAUCACUAUGUCUGGCCGGAAGGGAAAGCUUUACUUGUCAAACGUAGAUGCUAAAGGAAACGGUUUCAUCGAGAGCAAACCAAGUUUUGCUGACCUUCCAUUAUGCCUCUUGGGAGUAAUAAUAUCUCAACUUGUCUUAAAAGAUAACAUUCGCGCCUCUGCUGUCUGCAAAACAUGGCGUGAAGCCGGUCUUUAUGUUCGGUUGGUGGAUAAGCCUCCUUGGCUUAUGUACUUACCUAAACGUGGCAACUUGUUCGAACUCUAUGAUCCUUUGCAACAGAAGAUGUACACACUGAAUCUACCGGAGCUAGCCAAAUCCACGGAUGGUUACUUAUGCGCAAAACCGCUUCGCACCAACUUUUCUUCUUCAAUCCGUUUACUCCGUAUAAAUAUGUUCGGCAUGGUACGUUUACUACGAGCACUUGCCAUCCCGGAGCAACCGAGUGGAUUACUGAGGAUUUACAGUCCAAUCUUCAGUAUGGUGUUUCACUUAAGCACAACCAUGUUAUAUUUCUUUGAACCGUCUUCUCGACAAUGGAUUUUUAGUUAUACUACUUCACCUCCGUGUCCUUACAUGUCAGGUAGAUUUAGCUAUCGGUAUGAGCGGAAGAAGAAAAUAUUUUUCUUGGCGGCGCGUAAGGGAGUGUUGUUUAAAAUGUUUACAUGCGGAGGUGAGAAACCAAUUGUGUAUAAGCUUACACUAGGGUCUUACAAAUGGAAGCAGAUCAAUAGCGCUACGCUUGAUGGCUUAAAAACCUUCACGAGUCUUUAUUCUUCCGAGGUGAGAGUUAACCUCCAAUGGAUGGGGAAUAGUGUUUACUUCUCAAGGCUUCGUUUGAUGAAGAGAGGAUUUGUGUCCUCUUGA